ACAAAAACACAACAGACAGAAUGGAGAUUACUAAACUGGGAUUAGCUGUGUGCAUCGUAUUCCUAAUAAUCAUAGAAGAGAUUAGUUCAGCCAAAGAUGAACGAACAACACAACUAGAAGAAAAAUCAAAACCUUUAGAAAAAAUAAUUUUAAAAGAAAGUAAACCCGAAGAAGUUAAUAAAAAAGAUGACAAAGAUGAUUUAACUCGAGUGAAACGACAAUAUUAUGAUCCCUACUACUAUCCGUACUACAGGAGAAGAGUGCCCGUUGCAGUUCCGGUACCGAUCAUCGUUGGUGGUGGUUUCGGAUUUGGUGGCUUUGGGCGUGGAUUCGGCCGAGGCUUCGGUGGUCGUGGAUUCGGAGGUCGCGGCUUUGGUGGUAGAGGAUUCGGUGGCAGAGGUUUCGGGGGCAGAGGUUUCGGUGGCAGAGGAUUUGGUGGAUUCGGAGGUCGGGGCGGUUUCGGUGGAUUUGGUGGUAGAGGAGGCCGAGGUUAAAUUAUUUCGACUCGUUUAUAGAUAUAUACUUAAUAAAAAUGGACUGUUAUUUUUAUAGAAUUCUAAU